AUGAGCACCAUACCGAGUGAUAAGCUUUUCAUGAUGGAAGGUUGUGAAGUCGAAUUCUGUUAUAAAAACAAUGUCUUUAAAAACGUUUGGUACAAAGCCGUUAUCGAGGCCAAUCCCAAACCUAGACUCGGAGAACGGUGUGUCCGUUUGCUUAAGGAUGAUUCUUUGACUCUUCUCACCGAACUCACCGAAAAGGCCUGGUUUCGACCCGUUCCGCCAAAAUAUUUGGAAGAUCUCGUCCAUAUCAAGGAAGGCUCCGUCGUCGACGCUGAUCUUACAGAUUCGUGGUGCUGGUGCACUGGUCUUGUGGUCAAACGAAUUGAGAGUGACAAGUUUCUGGUGCUGUUCGAUACACCACCUGAUAUCAUUCAGUUUGAGAGAAAGCAUUUGAGGCCACAUCUUGACUGGGUCGAUGAGAAAUGGUUUGAGAUACCACGACCAUAUGUACAGGAGUCCAUGUUUAGCUCUGGAACACCGGUGGAAGUGAGUUCUUUGAAGAACAAAACAGAGAUCGUCUGGGGUCCUGCAAUGAUUAUCAAAGAGAUCAAUGAGAGUGAUGAGAAGAAAUAUCUUGUCAAGCUUUGUGCUGAUAACUUGAGCUUCAAGGGUGUCAAGGGAAGACCCAUCAUAACCGUUGACUGGAGUAGAGUUAGACCGAGACCGCCUCCUUUUUCGGUUGAAGAGUAUCAGUCGUUGGAGUAUAUAGAGGUGUUUCAUUGGGCAUCAUGGCGUCAAGGUCGAAUGAUCAGAAUUCUCCCUCGGAAAUGGGGUCUAGUGACUAUAGAUGCUGAAAACAAGGAAGUGAGUUGCAAACUCUCGGAUAUUAGGCCAUCGAAGGUGUGGGAAGACGGCGUUUGGAAGUCAAGGGAAUCGCUGUUAACUCAAGGGCCAGUAAACAAGACACUUCCGAGAGAUCAGAAUGGCCUAGGAAACGAUUCAACACGAGAGAAUGAAGCUAGCGAAGAUAACAGUCGGAAGAGGAAGAGAGACCUUACUUCUGUUGCUAUCGUUGAGGAAAACGAAGCAAAAGAUAUAACAACGGUUUUGCCCUUUGAGAAGAAGUUACCAAUAUGGAAGACAUUUGAAUCAAUGGAGGUAUUCAAAAUGUUCCCACAAAGUCCUCAUUUCAUUCCACUGUUGGAGAGUAGAGAAGAUUCUCGUGAGAUGUCUGCGGUUGGAUUGAUGUUUACCUUUUCUGGAUUACUAGAGGCAGUCAAAGAUCUGCAACCUGAAGAUCCCACAAGGUCACUAACUAGCCUCAAUGACUCAUUUGCUGAGUUAGAGAAACACGGGUUCGAUGUUAAAAUGCCUGUGUUGCGGAUCAAUAAGCUCUUGUCUCUCAGAGAUAAGCAAGCAAGCAAAAUGGAGGAACUCAAAGGUGCUGAGAAAGUGACUGCAGAGAAAGAGAGCGUAAAGGUUGAGAACCAACGCAAGAUUCUCGCGCUGCAAAGGAAGAAUGAGGAGGUGGAGAAAGAGAUAGAUCAGAGUAAGUCAUGUGAAGAAAUGAUUGUACAACAGCUUGAAGAUGUGAAGCUUCAGUAUCAGGCAACUGCGUCAGCUCCAUGGUAA